CACAGUCAACUACAAACUUCUGCCGCGCGCCGCGAGUGCUCUCAUUGCAACUGCGGGACAAGUUGGGGCGAAGCGGACGUUAACGGAGCGGAGAGCAGAGCCCUGCAGUCGGGGGGUCAGAGAAUGGCGGGGCGCCGGAAUGAUUUGUGCGCCUCUUCGGAACGGCAUUUUUAAGCCGAGGAUAAUCGGCAGCAGAGGGACGUCGUUGCGUUUUGCGAAAGCGGAGAGAAAUAAAGCGGAAGCGAAGGACAGAGUUGAGGAAGGAGCCGCUCCGAAGAGACGCCGCCGCCGUAGCCGCUCGUCUUUCAUCUCGAGAUGGUCUGUCAGACCGGGCUACGAUGGGUGCUCCUAAGUGCUUUCUUGUACACGGUGUCAGCCCAGGAGGCCCGUCGACGGCCAAGACAGUGUGAUGCACCUAGAUCGGAGAGUGACAUGAACUCCUUCCUGUGGACGGUGCGUGGGCGCGACCCCGCCUCCCCGCCCUCCUACCUGUUCGGCACGAUCCACGUGCCGUACACGCGCGUCUGGGACUGGGUCCCGGCGAGCUCCAAGCGGGCCUUCCGCCGCAGCACCAGCGUCUUCUUCGAGCUGGACCUGACCGACCCGCAGACCAUCUCCCGGCUGACCAGCUGCCAGCUGCUGCCGCGCGGCGAGAGCCUGCAGUCGCUGCUGCCGGAGGACCUGUACCGCCGCCUCAAGCGCCACCUGGACUACGUCAAGCACAUGAUGCCCCGCUGGAUGACGGCCGACCAGCGGGGGCGGGGCCUGUACGCCGACUACCUCUUCAACGCCAUCGCCGGCAACUGGGAGCGCAAGCGGCCGGUGUGGGUGAUGCUGAUGGUCAACUCGCUGACCGAGUGGGACGUGCGCUCGCGCGGCAGCCCCGUGCUCGACCUCUUCCUGGCCCAGGAGGCCGAGCGCCUGGGCAAGCGGACCGGCGCCGUGGAGCGCGUGGAGGAGCAGUGCCACCCGCUCAACGGGCUCAACUUCUCACAGGUGAGCGCGGCUGGGGACGGUGUCACAGGGGAGUGUUACAGGGAACAGUGUCACAGGGGCGACUUACAGGGAACAGCGUCGUAG